CAGAUACUUGUUAUGUUUCACCAGUAAAAAUAUUUAAUUCGAAAAUUAUUCAAUCACUUAUUGAUUAUUGAGUUAACUCAUAGUUUAAAUUACACAUUUAUUAUAAAAUACCAACCAUCUUUAUUGCUUUCAAUAGUCAAAACCCAAAUGCAAUUAGCUCUUGGUUGACAAUCCAAUCAUUUCUUCAAUCAAAGCUCACUCUCUAAUCUUCAACUUCACCCAUCUCAAUUUCUUCAAUAAAAUCCAAAAAAUUCUCAAUCUACUGAGUCUGCCCCUCAAUUAAUUCCAUGGCAGGCUCAGUUUCCUUCUUCGUUUUUCUAUCUUUACUCCUUUUUUCAAGUAUCUGUUGUGAAUCCAAUGGAGAAGGGUACAUAUCAUUGGAUAUAUCAAAUAAAGGUCUUGAUUUUAUGAAGGAAUUUCUAGUACAAAUGGCGGAAACUUCAUUAGUUCCACUUGACCUACCUAAAAUUGAGAAAUCAAAGCAUAUUCCUAUUAUUGGUACAGUUCAUAUGGUUCUUUCGAAUAUCAGUAUUGAUAAUAUUCAUGUGAUUUCUUCGACUGUGAAAGCGGGUGAUACGGGUAUUGUUAUUAGUGUUUCUGGUGCUUAUGCGAAUAUGACCAUGAAUUGGGAAUAUUCAUAUUCGAAUUGGUGGCUUCCUGUUCCUAUUACAGAUAAUGGAAAAGCUUCUAUUCAGGUUGAAGGUAUGGAUGUUGGAAUUUCUUUCAAUCUGACGAAUGUCCAAGGAUCUCUUGUGCUAUUUCCCCUGGACUGUGGAUGUUCAGUGAAAGAUAUAUUUAUAAAGUUGGAUGGUGGAGCAUCCUGGCUAUAUCAAGGGUUAAUUGACGCUUUUGAAGGUAGAUUAUCUUCUGCCGUAGAAAACGCCAUUUCAAAGAAAUUGAGAGAAGGAAUUGUGAAGCUUGAUUCUUCAUUGCAGUCCCUACCCAAGGAAAUUCCAAUAAGAAACAUUGCUGCUUUAAAUGUUACCUUUGUUGGUGACCCACAAUUUAGAGACUCGUCUCUUGUUCUUUCAAUUAAUGGGUUAAUUAGUGCCAAGGAAGCAUACACAGUACCUCCUUACUAUCACUUAUUUGCGUCUCUAGAACACUUAUUAGCGUCAAUUCCUUUGAAGGAUCCGGAAAGCAUGGUUACUAUUUCCUUGCAUGAAAAAGUUUUAGCGUCUGCAUCAGCUGUUUACUAUGAUGCCAAUAAAAUGCACUGGAUUGUUGACAAAGUACCCGAACAGUCCUUGUUAAACACAGCUGGAUGGAGGUUCAUUAUCCCACAACUUUACAGGCGAUAUCCAAAUGCUGACAUGAAUCUGAAUGUUUCCAUUUAUUCUCCACCCCAUCUGAUAAUUAAAGAACAUCAGAUUGAUCUGACGGUUCAUGCAGAUGUCAUUAUUAAUGUUUUGAAUUCAGGUGAAGUGACACCAGUAGCAUGCUUUUCAACGGCAGUCAGUGGCUCAGCUUCUCCAUGGAUUUCCAACAAUAAUCUGGGAGGAAGUAUUGGAUUAGAUGAACUCUCUUUAUCUUUGAAAUGGAGUAAAAUUGGCAAUUUGCAUGUGAAUCUAGUCCGGGCACUGAUUUCAACUGCACUGAGGACUGUGAUCCUGCCAUACAUAAAUUUAAAACUUAGUAGAGGAUAUCAGCUGCCCACAUUUCACGGCUACAUGCUUCAAAAUGCUAAUAUCUUGUGCAGUGACUCGUGGAUUAAGAUUUCCAGUGACGUUGCGUCUGUCAAUCAAUUAUUUAUAAGUUAGUUCCUACAUCACAUGGUUGUGAGCUAUGUUGCUUGGACCCUCUAAAAUGCUGCUACUCUCGUGUCAAAUCCUCCAAAAUUGCAUAGCUUUUGGAGGAUCCGAGACACACCUGCCAGUAUGUUUGAAGGGUCUGAUCAACGUAAGUUGUGAGUUCCUCAUUCCAACUGCACCAGACGUUUUUACUGAAAUGUAGCUUUUGGAGAAUCCGACGGACAAAAAUGUAUACUAGGUGUAGAAUGUGUUUCUUUCUUCUUUUUUAUUCUUGUUGUAAUUGCUAUAUGUAUGUUGCUCAUAUAGCUAUUGUAAAUCCUUCUCUCUAUCUAUUUAUAUAAAUUCUCUUUAUAUCACAUGAACA